UUUUUGUGCUGCCAGUGGAGGAGAAUGAAGGGGAAAGGAGUGCAGGCGGGAGUGGUUAGAGCAAAGGGGAGGGAAAAUGAAGGGCCACCCUCACCGUUGCCAAGGCAACUUGAUGUCAUGCUGACAUCAUGCACCACUAAAAGCUUUUAACCGGAUUCUUCUCCUGCCUUAGGCCCCAUUUUGAGUCCUCUUUCAGCUAGACUAAGGGGAAGGGCACAGGCAGGAGUGUGUGUGCUGUCUUGCACGUUUCCCCACCUCACACAGCUCUUAGCACAGUAAAAGACUUUCAAAUCCAACCUCUAAAGAUCCUCCUUCUGCAACCACAGCCAGCACAGGCCAAGAGAACCAUUUCAAACAUGGCAACAGACGACGCUUUCAGCUACCUACUGCCAGGCCACAGUGAGAAACACAGGCGGGCCCCGAACUGGACUGACGGUGAAAUGAAAGCCCUCCUCUAUGUGUGGGAGGAACACCACAACGAACUGAAAGUGAGUAAGAGGAACGCCAAGGUUUACGAGAAGAUGUCCCAGAGGUUUUUCCAGCUGACCGGAGAGCAGCGGUUCAAAGAGGAGAUCAAGAUGAAAAUCACAAACAUGUCUUUCCAGUACAGGCGACUGAAAUCAACAGUUGGUGAAAGUGGUGAAUUGCCGGACUGGCCAUACUAUAAAGCCAUCGACAAGAUCCUCACCAAGCCGCUGGAGAACGAGCGAGUGAACACACUGGAGUUCCAGGCCCCGGGUGCAGGGCCUUCAACUUCCUCCCACUCUGCAGACAACCUGAUUCCCACCUCAGAGGAGGGGAUGAUGGGAUUCCUGCCAGAGUAUACUGGCUCCUCAGAUGAGAUGGAGAUAAAGCAAGAGCUGGACUCUUUGAGCUCUGACAGUGACAACACACAAGGCUCCAGCUCCCAUCCUGUGUCUGCGAGGAAGAGGUUUGCCAACAAGCAUCUGUCUUUGAAGAAGAAGAAGCUGCGGACAAUGCAGGCCAUGCUACAGCAGCAAAAGAGGUCAAACCGAGCCAUAGAGGAGACGUGCAGGGAGGUCCGCCGAUCCCUGCAUCAACAGAACCUCCUCCAGGUCCAGUGUCUGCAGCUGCAGGAGCGAAUGAUGAACAUUCUGGAGAAGAUGAUCCAGCUCCCGUCAGCCACGUCGACAACAUGGGCUCAGAGUGGGGCCAAAGACACAGGGAAGCCGUGAGGUGUAUGUUUGAUGAGAGAGAUCGUAUCGUCGGGUGUCACCUAUAACCUCUUUGACACAAAAAUGAAGUCAGUUUAUUUUUGAUUUCUGAUUAGCAUUGAACAGCGAGGUACAGUUGUGCUGUUGUGAUGUCAGUUCAUGACCUCCAGUGUUUUUAAGGACACUUGUAGCAGAUCUUCUUUGUUGAUAGUUUUUACUGACUUAAAAACACAGUGGCGACAGUAGCAUAGCAAAAACUGACUUAUCUUGUUACUCCUACCACACCAGGAAAAUUACAAGAUGUGAAAUGUUUGAUGCCAAAAUAUGGAAAUCUGUUAUGAAUGUUAUAUGUUAUGAAGGUUCUCCCCACCCCAGGUUAGGGGUUAUCAGCAAAUAGCAUCAUGUUUCUUUUUUGCAAAGGGACAUUGUACAGCUCUCAAAAACGUCAUUUUUGUCACUAGUAAUGAAAAAAAUACUGUCUCUCUCCCACAGAGGAGACAACUGAGUCCAACCUUGAAGAUACAAUAUCAUAUCCAUGUAGCUCUGCCACAAAUGCCUCUUACAGUUCAGUGUUAAAAUUUAAAAUAAUUAGUGCACAAAAAAGAAGAAUCAAGGUGAAGGACAAUUAUCGGCUUCCUUUUAAAUCCAGCAACUUAGAUUACAGUACGCGUCACUGUAACGACACAGGUUUGUCGUCUGCCUGCACAGUAGUCGUACUGUGGAUAGUCAUUUAUAUAGUAUUUGACGGUGAGUAGCAUUGUGCUUUCAGGAUGUGACAAAAGUAAAUGUCAAGACAGAGACAGCAAGCAACACUUAGAUUUCUUUUCUUUAUAACAUGAUAUAAAGAUGACAUGUACUUAUUUGGUCUCCUGCUAAAUAAAACAACUCUGGCUCAUGGCUUCAUGUGCUCGACUGUAAUUUUC